AUGUCGCUCCAAUUCCUGAGUGACAAAGAGUCUCUCCCCUCUCAAUCGCACCCUGCACCUGUCGUGGCGGUCUGCUGGGUUUCCUCAGCCUCCUCAUCUUCUCAGGGCGUCAUUCUAUCUGGCGACUGUCAGGGCAAUGUCAAGGUGUUUGAUGCGCAUUCGGCGCUCGCCUUUCGCAAUCCACCCAAACCACACCGCAAUGCUGUCCACUGUAUAAGCACGAACGACGUUGGCAGUAUUGCGCUUUCGAAUGCUAUUGAUGGGACGAUUGCGUUGUGGGAUCUGAUACCAUUUCGCGCGUCGAAGGUGGUGGACGACAGCAGUGGUAAUGUAGGCGAGGCGGACGCGGUGACUCAAGAGCCCGCACUGCUGCCGCUACCCGUUGAUGACCCAGAAGCGUUGCUCUUGGGAACCAUCGACUCGCUCACAAGUCACUCGGACGCCCAGACGAAGCUGUCCGAAGCGUGGAAGACCGCCCUGCACCCUUCUGCUCCUCUCUUCGCUGCCAUUGGAGCCGGAGCACGGGUCUCACUGCAUGCGCUCCCCAGGGCCACCGAUUCCACAGUCUUUGGAACCACACUCAGCGUUGCACCUCUCUCAAACGCGCCAAAGGACGCCUUCGGGCUCUCGCUCGCCUUCCACCCUUCCGGCACCUUGCUCGCUGUGGGCACCAACACAGGGCAAGUGCUACUCUACACGCUCGACUCUGCAUCCACUUUGACACUGGUGUCGACGUAUCUGGACCAUCCGUCACCUAUUCGCGUGCUGUCGUUUACGCAGCACCUGUUGCUGUGCGGCUCGGACGACCGAACGAUCAGCGUCCAUGACGUCAAGCCGAUUCUUUCGCCCCAGCAGACGUCCAUGUUUGCGAGGGACGCGCCGAGGAUAGGUGCGACCGUUGCUUCGCUGUCUGGCCACAAGGGGUGGGUGCUGGACCUUGCCUCACCGGCAUCGGGAGAGUCGAACGUGUUUGCUAGCAUAGCGGCAGACAAGAGCAUCAAGUUUUGGGAUCUGGCGUCGCCCACCAAGUCGACGCCGGUAUGGAACGGUGGCGAGACGCAGCCUAUUGCAGCAUUUUGCUUUCAACCUCGACCGGUGGACUCAGCAGAGGGGGAUGGCGUGCCAGACGCUCCGUCGGUGGCAACCUCAAGCUCAAUGACCCGCUUCGUGACGGCUAGCCAAGAUGGCAGACUGCGCUGGUACAGAGGCGCAGGCCUAGGUUGA